AUGGAACUUGGUCACAUUGUAUCUUGCGGCGUCGCCACCCAACAAGCCAUCACCAACUUUUCCUCGUCCUUCAUCGCCCAAUCUUCAAACUCCAAGCUCCACAAGAACUCCACCUCCUCCACCGGCCAAGCACUUUCAGAUCUCUACCAGUGCUGUGGAGACCUCUCCGGCACUGACUGCGCCACUUGCGUCACUCGAGUGAUUCCGAUGUGGUCGUCUCUUUUUGGUCCCAGGGAUGCCGCUGCUCGCGUGCAGCUCACUAGCUGUUAUGCGCUUUACCAGGCUGCUGGUUAUCCUCAGGUCGCUGAGAGAGAUUUGUCGGCUAGGGACGUGGGGAGUGCAUUGCGAGGGCCUGCGAAGGCUGAGGUCAAGUCGUGGCGGUGCUUUGCUUCCGGCCGGGUUUAUCUCGAUAAGUGCUACAUUAGCUACAAUUAUUACACUGAUGGCGUCCCCCGCAGUAGGGGCGGCAGAGGAGGAAUUGGAGUUACUGUUAAUAGUGGAGCUCGACGUGCCACUGAUGGUGGUUACUCUGGUGUGAAUAGUCUUGAGCUUGUUGCUGUUUUAUGGAAUUAUCUGUGCUUGUGA